AUGGAGUUCAACCCAACCAAGUCGAUCGUGACCAACGAAGAGUGUGACAUCCACUACUGGCACCAAGGCCAAGGCCCCCUCAUAGUCUUCAUCCCCGGCGGCAACGGCCAUGGGCGCCAAUACAACCCCAUCAUCGCUGCGCUAUCUGGCAGGUACACCUGCGCGACAUUCGACCGGCGUCAAAUGUCCGCGAGCCAGGCGAAAGUGAACAAACGACUCAACCCCCCACAACAAGCGCGUGAUAUACGUGCUAUCGUCCGAGCCCUCGGCUUCGACAAGGCCAUUCUCUUCGGCAGCAGCAUGGGCGCCAUCCUCGCCUUCCAGUUCGCCAUCGACUUCCCCGAAAUGGCCGACCACAUCAUAUCGCACGAAGCCCCGACCUUCACCCUGUUGCCGAACGCCACCGAGGUCUUUGAGUUCCUGUACAGCUGCCUCGAGCUGUACGAGACUGUGGGCGUCGAUGCUGCGCAGGAGAAGUUCAGCUCGAGGCUUUUUGGAUACAACGACGAGGGCGUGCCGAAGCCGGCAUCGCCGGAGCCGUUCAACAAGGACAACUUUUGGGCCAACGAGUUCGCCCUCCUGCUGGGCUACCUGCCGAGCCUGCACCGGAUGAAGGAGAACGGGACCAGCGUUGGGCUGAUGAGAGGAACGAGGAGUAGGGACGCGUGGUACGCGCAGGCGGUGGACGAACAGGAAAAGAUUCUGGGGUGUCCUCGGCUCGACGUUCCGGGGGCCCAUGAAGGUUUCCAGGUCGAGUUGGAGGCGUUUCUCCCUUACUUCCUCGAGCUUCUGGGAGUUCUCGAGAGGAAGUCGAGUGGUGCGUGA